AUGUGUAAUAACCGAAUUGCAAUAUUAGACGAUCAUAGUGCUUGUGAGGUAUGGCGCAGUCGUGAUCGUUUAUAUUCUUCAUUAGUUGCUAUAUUUCCAGCUGCAUUAAUUGGUAAACCAGUUACGGUAACACUGUUAGAUGAAACACGUAUAACUGGACGUUUAUGUUCAUGUGAUGGAUUGAUGAAUUUACAAUUGGAUAGUGGUGUUAUAAUACGAAAACCAGAUUCUGACAGACUAAAUGAAGUUAUUGUAGUUGAAACAAUAAUGAUAUUUGGUAAACGUAUACGUUAUGUGACCGUACCGAAAUCAAUUGAUAUUUCAUCAACACUUGCAGAAUGGGAGUCCAAAAGUCAAGAUGGUAGAAUAUUUUUACCGAGACCAACAAAAUCAUCAAAACCUUUAAGGGAGAACCAGAUUAAAAGUAAUAUGAAUGAAUUGUGUCAGUCAAGUAUGACAAGUGAUAAUUUUGUAGAUAUCGAUUAUGUCGAUAACACCGAGAAUAUUCCGUGGUUGGAACAAUCUGAUCUAGAACAAUUUGCAUCCAUUGGCGUAAAGCCCACAGGAGAUAAAAAGGUUGAUUUAGUUAUGGUGAAAACCUUAAAAGUACUAAAUAACCCAUUGUAG